CUCAAGGUUGCAAAACACAAAAUUGCUCAAACAAGAGAACAGAUGAACAGCUUUGAAAAUGCCAUAAGUCAAAGGAGAAAAAUUUUAUCAGAUUUAACCUUGAAAAUUCAAGAAGUAGAACAACAGCAUUUAGAUGGCAUUCAUGAAUAUGAAGAAAAACUGGAUCAGCUGGCAGAAAAGUUCAGUAAAGCAAAGAACUACUUCACCAAGAAAAGUCUUGAGAAAGAAUUGCAGAAAACAAAGCAAGCUUAUUCAGUGCAUAUUGAAAGUAUCCAAGUCCUCAACUCUGACAUUGAGAACCUGACCAAAAGUGUAGAAGAUUUGGAGCUGCAGUGUGAAGCACUAGACGAAAUAGAACAGAGAUUUCUUGUUGACUUUCCGAAAGAAUUCCAGAAAGAUAUCAUAAAUAUGUUUAAAGAUGAAGAAAGUCUAGCUCAUGAAGAGACAUUGAAGUUGCAGAAAGACUUGGAUGCUGCUACGGCAGAACUUGAUGAAUACAAAGAAAAAGAUCUGGAGAUAAACACACCAGCAGCUUGACUGUUUUUUAUGCUUUCCAAAA